GAUGCUCAACUGCACCUUGAUGAAGCCGUCAGAGGACAGGAAGACAUGAAGGAACAGGUUGCCAUGGUGGAGCGCAGGAAUAACCUGAUGCAAGCUGAGAUUGAGGAGCUGAGAGUUGCACUGGAGCAAGCUGAGAGAGGCCGCAAAGUGGCCGAGCAGGAGCUUGUGGACGCCAGUGAGCGUGUGACACUCCUGCACUCUCAGAAUACAAGUCUUAUUAACACCAAGAAGAAGCUUGAGAGUGAUCUUGUCCAAGUUCAAGGUGAGGUGGAUGAUUCAGUCCAGGAGGCCAGAAAUGCAGAGGAGAAAGCCAAGAAGGCCAUUACUGAUGCUGCCAUGAUGGCUGAGGAGCUGAAGAACGAGCAGGGCACCAGUUCUCACCUGGAGAGGAUGAAGAAGAACAUGGAGAUUACGGUCAAAGACCUGCAGCAUCGUUUGGAUGAGGCCGAGAGUUUGGCCAUGAAAGGGGGAAAGAAACAGCUCCAGAGACUGGAGGCCAGGGUGCGUGACCUGGAGUCUGAAGUCGAGUCUAAACAGAGACGUAGUGCUGAAGCUGUUAAAGGAGUGCGCAAAUACGAGAGGAGAGUGAAGGAACGCACAUACCAGACUGAAGAAGAUAAGAAGAAUGUCAUGAGACUGCAGGAUCUGGUGGACAAGCUGCAGAUGAAAGUCAAGUCCUACAAGCGUCAAGCUGAGGAAGCUGAGGAGCAGGCCAAAACUCACCUGUCUAGAUACAGGAAGGUGCAGAAUGAGCUGGAGGAGGUUCAGGAACGUGCUGACAUUUCUGAGUCUCAGGUCAAUAAGAUGAGAAUCAAGAGCUGUGAGAUUGGGAAGGGCAAAGAAUUAGCAGGGUAAAACCAGAAGGCUGGAUCACAACAGGAAGUAAUCAUAAAAUAUGAAUUACUUGUAACUAAUAAAAAAUAUGUUGUGUUCUUACAA